GCGCUGGUCCCUCGACGCCCAGUCGGCGACAUGGCUGACGUGCUGACGCUCGAUGUCGGGGAUCCGCAGAUUUUGGUGCGGUACGAGAACGAUGCGCACGGCUUCUUCUGGGACCACGGGCUGCUGCUCUUCCGGGUGAGUGAGGACAUAUGGAUCUGCUUCACCCCGGAUCACGACUUAGUCCAGGUCAAGCUGCUGGACACACGCCACGAGGUGCUCGAGCGCAGAGCCCCCUUCCCAGCGCACCUGGCGAACCAGGUGUACACCCGCGAUCCGAUCGGAGGAGCGGCACUCGCUGCCUUCUGGCGCCGAGCGCGGCUUCAGGGACAGCUGUUCGGCGUCGGCCAGGUCGACGCGAUCGAGCGCAUGAUCUGGGUAGUCGCGGAGCCGCGUUCCCACCGGUUCGGCGAGAUCAUCGACGCGGCGCUGAUGGGCGAUGAGGGCCGGGGGACGGGCUUCGACCAGAAGGGCGUGGCGGCCCUGGACGGGGAGGAGUUCUUCGUUCAGAAGAUCGCGGCCAGCGGCCUGGCGGACUUCAAGAGGGGCGCGCAGGCCGACUUAGGGGACGUGCGCACCCUGGGCGACCAUCGCGACGCGGCGGGUCAGAGGAUCCUGCGGCUGUCAGAGGCGGUGGCGCUGAUGCGCGACGUCGAGCAGCCGAACUCCCCGCUUGCUGGAGUCAGGAGCGUGAAAGAGUUCCUGGACAGCGUGGCCUCGGGGCCUGGGAAUCUGACAUCGUACCAGGCCGAGUGGGAGAGGCUCAGCAGGCGUUGGCGAGGGCUCGGCGGCGAGGUGAUAAGGCUGAUGCACUCCUGUGACCAGGUCGACGCAUCGAUGUCGGCCUGCGCGGAGCUCUUGGAGCAGAAGCAGACCCGCAAGGGCGACGGCAAGGGCGGCAGCACCCUCGACCCGAACCCGAAGCGGCACCACAAUGAGAAUGUCGCGCGGCGGUUUGAGGCGCAUGGGGAUUGCCCGACUGACCUUACAGAGGAAUCGCCCCUCGCGGAGAUCCUCGACGCUAGAGACCACUGCGGCAUGGAACCCAAGAACUUGGCCAGCUUCGACUUCGACAAAGUCAAGUUCCUGCAUCGGAGGGUUCACGUUCGGCCCACUCGACGAGAGCUACCACCUGCAGCUCUUGGCUACCUCAGGCACGCUAGCGACCUGAUCGAGAGUGACCAGGCGGAGCUGGAGAAGGACCGAGCCGAGGGCGAGGGCUUCUCACCGCACUGGGACCCCGCUCUUCGGCGCUCGCGAGACCUACGGAAGCGGCUGUAUCAGCGUCUGAGUCAGCAGGGCCUUCUGACCUGGCGCCGGCGGCUGAAGGGGCGCGCGGGCAUCUUCGUGGUCAAGAAGAAUCCCGGCGGGGCUAGAGGCGACGUCGGGGACUGCUUCUACAACUUCACGAUUCCCGAGUUGGCCUCCUGGUUCGGCUUCGAGGACCGCUUCGACACCGUGGAGCUGGAUGGCAUGGGCUGCCGGCCCGCGACCGCGCGGGGCGACGCCGUGGGGGCCGAGUCCGAGGUCGUGGACGGCGAGGCGCUUUGCCCUUGCAUGGCGGCCGUGUGCAUGGGCUGGUCUUGGGCACUGUGCUUCGCUAGCGAGGCCGUCACCUACCGAGUGGAGAAGACGCUCGCCGACGGCCCUGACCAGAUCAUGCGGGAGAUGCAGCCUGCACCCAUUUUGAAGCCCGGCAAGUGCGCGACGGGCGUGCACGUGGACAACGUGCAGGUGAUCGGAGGCUGCAAGUCUGACAGAGUGAAACAGAUGACGGAUAUUGAGAACAGUUGUGGCAAAGACAACAUUCCGUUCGAUAUCGAGUCGGGCGGUGGUGAGUUCGAGAUGCAGACGCUUGGUGUGGUGCAUCACUGGAGGGGGCGACGGCUUCGGCACGUGACACGACGGGUCUGGCGUACUUACUUGGUUGGGCACGCUCUCCUGCGGCGGAGCAAGCUCCACGGGCACGCCCUCCAGUGUUGGCUGGGGCACGUCGUUAAUCUGAACCAGCUCUGUCCCGAAGCCACGUCCGCUCUGAACGCCUGCGACCGCUUCAUCGACGAGGCCCUGGAGGUGCCGAAGCGGACGCGGCCCUCGGCGGUGAAGUUGGAGAUCCGUUGCGCGAUGAACCUGUUUUUCCUGGUGGAGGCCGACCUCGGCGCCAAGUUUCCCGACCAGGUCUACUGCGGGGGCUCCUCCACUCGCGGCCACGUUUUGCACGUAACGGUGGGGGGGCCUGGCGAGAUCCGCGCGGCCUGGAAGUGGCGGGAGCGCCGGCGGUGCCGGGACGCCCCGACGGUGGAGGGCCAGGUGUCCGAGGGCCUCGGCUGCGUGCAGGGCGGCGCCCCAGGCUCCGCUGCUGGGCCGCUGACCGCCUUCGGCCAGGCCCUUCGCAGCCGGGCGGAGGUGCGCCCGAGGCCACGCGGCCGCUCGGCGGCUGGCAAGGUGGCCCGCGCCAAAGUGACCCUGGUCUCGGGAAUCCCCGCGCUGGCCGACGGCCGGACCCACCGUCGGCGCUGCCGCUUGGUGGCGGCCGACCGCUGGCGCUGGCAGGACGAGCACAUCAGCCUGAAGGAGGCGAGGGUGGCCCUGAUGGGGCCGCGGAGACACUGCCGAUCCGUCAGGCUGCUGGGUUCGAAGCUGCCGACGCUGAGCGACAGCCAGGUCACCGUGGGGGCCCUCGAGAAGGGUCGCUCUAGCGCUGGCCUGCAGGCAUUGCGCAGACGGGCGGCAGCUUACCUGCUGGGGGGGCAGAUCGCGCGGUGGCCCCGCUACAUCGAGACGGAUCGGCACCCGAGCGACUUCGACUCCCGCCAGUGGGGCGACGAGCGCGCGACGGGGCAGCCGGCCUCGGCGCGUGAGCGCCGGCCGAGGCCAGAGGCGCCGCCGGACCAGGCGGCAGCAGCGGUGGGCCCCACGGGGAAGACGGAGGCCAUCGACCCCCGCGGCCGCCUGCCCAGCGUCGCCGACACGCACUUUUCUCUUGAGGGUGAGCUGACAGCCCGCACUGGCAGGCAGCGGCCGCCAGGCAAGGGCCGCCCGCGCCUGCCAUCGGCGCCGCGCCGAGUGGGACCCAUCAAGGUUCCCGGGCGCGACUCGCUGGUCAUGGCGACGGUCACGGGUGCGACCCUCGAGAGGAACGCCGCAGCCGCGCACGAGUUCGAGGUCUACGCCCAGGCCAAGAAGCUCGACCUGCAGCCGCUCAGCCGCCUGGACGACAGCCUCGCCCAAUACUUCGUGGACAUGUACGACGACGGCUUCGGGGUCUGGGGGGGCCGGGGCACCUUGCACGGCCACUGGCUCCUGCGGCUCAAGACGACAGGGUGGGCGAAACGGUCGCCUGGCCGCAUGCGCCUGCCCCUGCCCGACAUCAUCGUGGACGACAUCGCGCUGGACUCGGUUGGGCACGACCUGCCGCUGAUGGGCGCAGCCGUGUCGCUGCAGACGGAUACCUACACCCGGCCCUCAGAGGUGGUCAAGCUGCGUCAGGGCCAGAUCCUGCCACCAGCUCCAGCCGCGAAGCUCGGCGCGCACUAUGGCAUCGUCAUCGCGCCAUCAGAGUGGUGCGAGGUCACGAAGACGGGGGGGCAAGACGACAGCCUGCCGGUCGGCGACGCGGCGCGCCCCUGGCUGACGAACGUCCUGCGGAUCCCCCACCAGCCCAAGGCCACCGAUUCCUAG